UGUGGUUUGGCCGGCAUUGCAUUCUGACAGCAGAGAGAUACAGGCUGACUUUCAGCUCUCUAUACAUGGCUGUGACCGGAGAUGAGACAGAAUCAGCCACCACUGGAGGUAUGUCAGGAUAUCAGAUGUCCUCUCCUGCAUCUGGUCUUUCCCAGGUCAUGGACAGCUCACCCGACUCUCUGCCCAGCCCUCAGCUUCUGGCAGAGGAGGCAUCACGCAAAAGGGAACUCCGACUGAUGAAGAACAGGGAAGCUGCCCGAGAAUGCCGGCGAAAGAAGAAAGAAUAUGUCAAAUGUCUCGAAAACCGAGUUGCUGUGCUUGAAAAACAAAACAAGACGCUCAUCGAAGAACUCAAGGCUCUUAAAGACAUAUACUGUUGCAAAAAUGAGUAACACUAAACUAAAGACUGGUCCGACCUUUACAAAGCAAACAUGCUUUUCACCCACCCAAUGUCCAGCCUAAUUGCGUUACAAUCGGAUAAGCUGACAUCUGCUUGGUUAUGUCGUCCCGUGUGCGAAAGAUGGUGACGUGUGAUUGUGUGUGCGCUGGAGGCCUAAGUCAGUGUGAUGUGUUGCCCCUGUUGCUUGUGCUCUUUGCAGGACGGCAGCCAAACUGUAUAGACGCAGGAAGAGAGACUAUGUGCUGGGUUUAGAGACGCGCAUCACCUCGAUCGAGGACCAGAACCAGAAACUUAAAGAGGAGCUGGACAAUCUAAAGAAGUUGUGCUCUCUGGGAUGUUCAAAUCAUAGUAGCACACUGGAUGCUGCUAUUUGAUUUCUAUUUAACAGUGGAAUAUUUUAGUCGUGUUUUGUUCAAAUCUUUUGGGAAAACUGAACCAGAUACCAGCACUGCCUAUGCGUAUACAGUUAAAAACAAAAAGAUUUCAUAAUGACAAUUGGAUGAUAUAUUCAAAAUAAUUACUUAGUUGACAGAUCUAUUUUAAGUAAGUGUAAUUGAAUAUUUAAGUACACAAAUACACCAGCUCCGAAACUAAUAUGAGUAUAGUUACUGCAUAUAUUUCUUGAAUUAAAUGUAGGCUGCAGAGAUAGGUUGUAUAUAUUAACAAAUAACAGUAUUUUGUGUUCUUUUGGUUGUGUUUAUGGCAUAUUAAUCAAAUAAAUGUGCCAAAUUCUCUUAAAAACAAUAACCAAUAUAUUCUUGAAACCUUCCUUGUGAAUACUUUUUAAGUCACACAGUCCUUCAGAGUCUCCAUAGAGACUAUCAGCACAAAUUUAUCUGUUUACUGUCUCGCAUAUUUACAUAGCCUUUGUUCAAAUAAAUUGAUCUAGGACUCCACUUGA